UUGUUGCUACUAAAUUUAAAAAAAGAAUAGUUUUCAUAGGAUUUUUGAUAAGAUUUUAAUAUCAUGGCAACUUUAUCUGAUUUUCAACCUCCAUCAAAUUUAAAUCCUACUGUAUGCGAAAGAAAUUCAAUGCUUUUAAAUGAUCUUUCUUAUGCUCCUGAUUAUAGAAGACUUGAGUUGAAAAAUAUAUAUCAAAAAAAAAAUCUUGCAUGUUUUGAAACGUCACAAAAGCAACCUUUUUUAUUUGCAGAUAAAAGUUUUAUUGAAACAGUAAGAUCUGCUUGGGCAUUAGAUGGCAUAAAUGGUGUUUUAGAAGCUGUUUACCAAAUUAAUGAAGCUCCAGUCUUUGCCAAAAAUUUGGUAUUGGCUUUUCAGAAAUGUUUGCAAUCAUUUAAAAUUUUUAAAGAGCAAGUUUUUCCCAUUUUAAAGGAUCAGUUAGUGAAUAAAAAGUCAAUAUUGGCAUGCCAUCCACAUAUCGGAAGGUUAGCAAUAGUAAUUAAUGAGGACACCAUAAAAGUGUUGACAAUCAAUAAACUUGAUGACAGUGGUAUUUUAUUAAAAGACAAAAGAGUCACUGAAAUUACUUGCUUGUCAUGGAGACCAAAAUCAUCUCUAAGUGUUGCAGUUGGUAGUAAAAAAGGAAUCCUUGUGUGGUUUUUAGAUCCUAGUAACACAAUUAUUAGACCAGGAUCCAACACAACUAAACUGCUUUAUGUGGAUGAUAUGACAACAGAAGUGUCAUCUGUUUCAUGGUCUCCUGACGGUAAAUUACUUGCUUGCUCUUGUAAAGGCUUCACCUCUAUUUGGAUUUGGGAUGUUGUUAUUGAAAGAUCAACUUCCAUUCAACGAGUUGGAAAUGGGAUUAGCUAUUUGCAUUGGUCACACUGUGGUAAUAAACUUUUUGCUGCAGAUCAAAGUAAAAUGUUUAGAGUAUGGGAGACUAAAACUUGGAGUUGUGAAAAGUGGGGUGAUCUUAAUGGUACUUGUACUAAUGCAUGUUGGAGUUCUUGUGGGUCUUUCUUGUUAUUCACAGUUGCUAAUGAACCAUUUAUUUAUUAUUUACAUUUUUAUAGAAAUUCAACAAAUAAGGAAGACAGUGUUUUAGGAUCAGGCAUUGCCUUAAAAUGUGCAGAUUUAACGUCAUAUUGUUGGUCUGAUGAAUGCUUUAAACCAAGACUUGGUGGACUGAUAUCUCACAUGGCUUGGGAUCCAACAGAUUCUAGAUUGGCUGUUUCGUUUAAAGGAGAUGCUUCAACAGAUUCCCCAUAUAUUGCAAUUUUCCAUACAAAAAUUUCUCCUGUUCUUCAACUAAUACCAUGCGGAUUUGUUAACGGUGAAAUUGAAGAAACCCCACUUAUGUUUGAUUUUGUUCGAGGAUACGAUAAAGGUGCACUGCUCUCUGUGUAUUGGUCUAGCGAAACACUUUCAUUAAUACCUUUUUUUUAUAAUUCAACGCUUACUUUGUCACCAGCCAUUCACUUUCAUGCAAGAGAAGAGCCUAGUAAUCAAUUGACGGAUAAUAAUGCUAAUACUACUAUUUUCCCAAGAUCAGAUAUGUCGCUAUACAGUGUAAACGAUGACACUAUAUUUUGAUCUCAAUAAAAAUCAAUCUUCAGAA